AUGGACUUUGCCGUGAAGGGCUAUGAAAAUAAGCCUUCUACUGGAGCUUUUGAUCCUUUCUUCGGCAUUAAAAUAGCGUAAGUUACUUUAGUUAAAAGUGAUUUGAAUUUUAGGAAUUAAUUAUAAUAUUGAGAAUAUUGGAUGGUGUGUUAAUAUGAAGCUUUUUCUAGUUGAAAUUAGUGAAAACGGGCUAUAUUUGUUGACAAAAAGCUGUAGAAGUAUCUUUUCUUUAAUUUUUUUAGUAAGAAAUUGACUAGAAACUGCCUAGUUUUAUCAAAAUCACAAGGUUUAUAUUAUCUAUGACCAUUUCAGGAACCCGAAAGUAACUCUAGAUGUAUUCAAUGUAUAUUGUGGUAAUUUAAACAAAGUUCCGUUGAAAUCAUUAACUGCUAACAUCGAGGAUCCUAAUUUCAUAACAAUGGGCGUUAUUGUUCAAACUUCUGGCAGUAUGAAGAGUGCUAAGAACUCAGAGUACGUGAUAUGGACGGUUGAAGAUCUUGUUGUAAGUUUUUCCUUGGUUUUCUUCUUCUUUUAGGUAUGAAUUUAAAGUUGUCUGAUGAACAAGACUUUGUUCUUGAAUUUUAAAGACAAGAUUUGAACUUUUUUUGUUGUUACGUUGAUGAAAAUUGCAGUUUUCUGAUAAAAACACGAAGUUUUUUUGAAAAAUUGCUCAAAAUUUAUGUUUUUGUUAGUUUUAAGGUGCUGUAAAGAAAAUUCUUGCAGUUUUAGGGAAUUCUAGUUAAUAGUCAAGUAUUGGAAAGUUUUUUGGCUUUGUUUUAAGUACAAUUUUGCUGCUUUAUCACUAGUAUAAGUUGCUCUUUCAUCAACUUUUCGUAUUUUGGGCUUCCUUUAGAACGACAAGAAGAUCAAGCUUUUGCUGUUCGGAUCGGCCGCUUCAGCUCAUUGGAAGCUUCAAACUGGCUUUGUGGUUGGACUAAGCCAUCUACAACUCGCUCCUAAUUCAGAUGAUAAGAAGUCUUCAGUCUUGACGUUCAAAUUGAUCAAGGAUAUUCAAGUAGUUGCUCUUGGCUUCUGCCCGGAUUUCGGAACUUGUCAGGUGAGGAUUGGAAACAAAGUUAUCGCAUAAUUUUUAAUUAAUAUUUUGUAAACAAAGUUCUUUCAGGGCUUGAAAAAAGAUGGUCAAAAGUGCACGAAUCAUGUCAACUUAUCAGUAUCACCUAAUUGUGACUAUCAUCUACAACAAGCGGCCAAUAAGUUCAGGUCGAAUAGAGGUGCAUUCUCGGCCGUUUCCAAUGAACGGCCGAAAUGUGCCAUUCCUCGAGAGCCUCGGUCGAUAGUGGUGAAACAAGAAGAUCAUGGUGACGUGAUGAUGACAAAAAGAGAUAUGGCUGGGUAGGGGUUUGGUUAUUAUUGCUAUUUGAAUGUUUUUGGUAAUAAAAAUGAUUUUUUUUAUAUUUUAGGUAACAAACCUAGAGUUUUCAUUACUUUAUGUAACAAAAAAUGAAAUUUUAGAUUUUUUAGGUAAUAAAAAUGGAUUUUAAAUAUUUUAGAUUGCAAAUAAUGAUUUUUAGGUAAUAAAAAUGGAGUUUUCUGUACUUUAGGUAACAAAUAUUGAAUUUUUGAUUUUUAGUUAACAAAAAGGGAUUUUUGAUCAUUUUAAUAGCCAGAACUCUUGUUUUCGUAUUGUAGGUAACAAAACUAGACUUUUAUUAAAAUUGGGUUUUUUUUAUAUUUUAGGUAACAAAAUAGCAAAUUUUCAAUGUUUUAGGGAAUAUCUUACAAAUUUCAAACUUUUUCAAAAAAUUUUGAUUUUAGGACAUCAAAAGUGGCAAUGAAACCAGGAGAUCGUGCUCUAAUUGCUGCCAGAGCGGUAGGAAUUUUAAACAAUUGAAAUUUUUUGAUCUUUUAUAAUUUGUAUUAACUAUGAUAUAUACAAGCAGGGCUUUAACUACGGUUAAUUAUAACAUAAAGAAACUAAGACUUUGCCCAGUAAUUCUUUAAAGUUUUAGCGCCUUGGCCAACGAGUACUGACAGCAUUGGCCGAUAAUCAAAGCUCGUCAAAACAAGAAGAAUCGAAGAAGGUGCAGCCAACUUCGAUGAAGGAAUUUUUGGCCGGAAAGACGGUAAGCAAUUGGAUUUUUUGGAAAAAAAAGUUACUGCAGUUUAUGAGUUUAGGUAUUGGAAAGAAAGUUAUUGCUAUUUGUGGGUCUGGAAAGAAAGUUAUUGCCAUUUUUUGUUUUGUAAAGAAAGUUCUUGCCAUUUUUUGUUCUGUAAAGAAAGUUAUUGCCAUUUCAGAAGGAAGAACGAAUCCGCAAAGCUAUCUUGAAGGCUGGAUCGCCUCAACUGGGGAAGUCAACUCAACGUGGAGUGUUCGCUGACCUCACCUCACCACAAAAGCCUACAUUGACACAAAGGCCACUUCACUUCAAGGAUCUGGCUGCUAGGGUAACGUUUUCAUAAUUUCUUGAUUUGUAAAGAAAGUUUUUGACAUUUUCUGCACUGUAAAGAAAGUCCUUGCCAUUUUAUGAUCUGUAAAGAAAGUUAUUGCGGUUUGUUGCAAAAUUUCCUAUUUCAGGCAAAAGCUGCUGAGAUUUUGAAGAAAUCUCAAAAAUCGACCAGUAAAUUGGGAAAACGAAAGGCAUCGAUAGAAAGCGCAAGUCCAGCGGCCAAACGACACUUUCUGGCCAAGUUCGAGGAUCCAAUCUUGAGGCCUAACGAUGAUUUCGUAGCCAAAAUGACCGGAAACUUUGAGAAAUCGACCGAAAUUCAGGGGAAAAUUGGUGGGAAUGAUGAAAACAAGGCGAAGAACGGCGGGAACACUGACAAGAAGGGUGGAACAGAAAACGCUUUAGACGAAAGAAUAAAAAAGCUUUUGGCCAGAAAGUCGACGCAUCAAAAGGAAAUAGAUGAAGACACGAAAGAACGAGAAGAAAAGUACUUUAAACAGAAGGAAAUUCAAGAAAAAGUGGAGUCAAGGAUGACGAAUUUAAUGGAAAUGAAGGACAUGAAUGUGGUCACAUGCAGAGUGGUAAGGCUGCUGGAAAGAAAGUUAUUGCGGUUUCUUGGAACACAAGCUUUGGAAAUAAAGUUAUUGCGGUUUUUUGAAAAUUGGGGGUUGGAACGAAAGUUAUUGCGGUUUCUUGAAAGAUUAGUUUUGGAAAGAAAGUUAUCGCAUUUUUUUUGGAAACUGAGCUUUGGAAAUAAAGUUAUUGCGGUUUUUUUGAAAAUUGAGGUUUGGAAAGAAAGUUAUUGCAGUUUUUGAAAAAUGAGUUUUGGAAAGAAAGUUGUUGCGGUUUUUUGAAAAAUGGCUUUUUGGAAAGAAAGUUAUUGCAGUUUUUUUGGAAACUGAGCUUUGGAAAUAAAGUUAUUGCGGUUUUUUUGAAAAUUGAGGUUUGGAAAGAAAGUUAUUGCAGUUUUUGAAAAAUGAGUUUUGGAAAGAAAGUUGUUGCGGUUUUUUGAAAAAUGGCUUUUGGAAAGAAAGUUAUUGCAGUUUUUUUGGAAACUGAGCUUUGGAAAUAAAGUUAUUGCGGUUUUUUUUGAAAAUUGAGGUUUGGAAAGAAAGUUAUUGCAGUUUUUGAAAAAUGAGCUUUGUAAAGAAAGUUCUUGUCAUUUUCAGUGCGACUACACAGCCCCAAGCCCGUCCGACCUGUGCCUACAGUUAUGUCACGACCUAGUCCGUCACAAAGCGACAAAAAGGUGGUACAAAUGUAAAGAUUGUAAUGUAAAAGCAGCUGUCUACAGUAAACUGCCCACUAGUCCGUGUACUGUAAGUUUUUUUAUGUGUUUAUGCUGGAAAGAAAGUUCUUGCCAUUUUUUGCUUUGUAAAGAAAUUUCUUGCUAUUUCGACUGCUGGAAACAAAGUUCUUGCUAAUUUUUUGCUUUGUAAAGGAAGUUUUUGCCAUUUUUUGGUCUGUAAGGAAAGAUAUGGCUUUUUUUUGGUCUGUAAAGACAGUUAUGGCCAUUUUUUGAUUAGUCAAGAAAGUUUUUGUCAUUUUGACUUAUAAAACAAUAAUCAUACUGUAACUUUCAGAACUGUGGUGCUAAAAACUUUGAACGAGUGGCAAUGAAGGACGAACGGCGCGUCGAACUGCGUCCCAAACUUGAAGUUCGUGGAGAAGAACGCAAGUUUGUCAAUGUAUAA